CCGCAUCUCAGCCAGUCGAACGAAAAAAAACAAGCUUAAGUUAAAUGAAGAAAAAAAAAAAAAUUUCAACAGAUUUAGUGCUUAUCGGAGUCAACUACUCUUCUUCUCCGUUUAAGUUCCAGGGACCAGUUAGGUUGAUUGUUGAAAUCCACAUCAUGUUUAGAUCUAUAGCUAGUCAAACGCUUGUCAGGUCAUCUUUUAGAACCUAUGCCAACGGUAUUCCCGCCUUGCGAUCAAUUAGACCCCAAAAUAUAAGUCCCAGAUCCAUAAGACUGUUCCAUCAAUCGUUUAUAAAUUAUCAUGGUCAUAUACAUAAACCCAAACCGGGAGAAGAGCUCCAUGUUACUUUCAUCACUAAGGAUGGCAAACAACACGAGUUUGAGGUUGCCGAAGGCGAUAACAUUCUAGAUAUCGCUCAGGCCUACAAUUUGGACAUGGAAGGUGCUUGUGGUGGAUCUUGUGCUUGCUCCACUUGUCAUGUCAUUAUUGAUCCUGAAUUCUACGAUGAAAUUCCAGAACCAGAUGAUGAUGAAAACGAUAUGUUGGAUUUGGCCUUCGGGUUAACCGAAACGUCCCGAUUAGGCUGCCAAAUUGUCAUGACCAAGGAAUUGGACGGUAUCAGAGUUGCAUUACCUGCAAUGACCCGUAACUUACAAUCCAAAGAUUUUAACUAAUCUACUUAAUUUAUUCUUAAUCUUGAAGAAAAACCAGAUGAAAUGAAAAAGACUUAUUUAUGUCCAAUUAUGCCUAAGGUUAUUUGCCUUCUUUGCUUAUUACCCUUGACCAUCGUGGAUAAGCUUGUAUAUAUGUAUAUAGCUCUCGUCUCAACAUGCACAUCCCUAAUACUGU